AUGGGCAAGGAGCCCAACGAUCAAAUGUCCGUAAAGUUUGCCGGCAUGCGUAAGAGCUGUGUGCUGAUCUUGCUCGUCAGAAUGGGCUGGAUGGUUUCGGCUGAACUCAAAGACUCCCUACCAGCCAUGAACAUAUGCGUUUUCGACGAUGGACCCACAGCCAGCUUCAUCGACUGUCUCAUCGAGGGAAUCGAUAAAGAUGUAGUCGAACGGACCUUGGUGUCUGUUCGAGAGCUCUUCCCGGACUCGUCGCUUCUAGAGACGCUCCGCUACGUUUGCAAGGCGAACAACGACGAGGGUGACGUCAUUAUUGAUGCCGUCGCAGACAACAUAUCGGAAGAUGAUCUGAAAGGAGCAAUUCCAGUCGUGUGGGAAUGCCACGAUAAGUACCUUGUCUAA